AUGUUAGAAGUUUCUAAAAACUCUAGUUCACAAUUACAAUAUACCAAUUCUAUUAUUAGCAAAGUUAGCACGGCUUAUGGUAAUGUAACCCUGAAUGAAACAAAAUUUCAACCCAGCAAUGCUAACUUUACGCUUUUAUAUAAAAAACUUUGUGAUGCUAUAAUUCUUGCUGAUCAUAAAACCCAAGAAGCUAUAAUGUGUUAUUGCCUAUUUGGAAAGGCCCUUAUUCAAAGACGUAAUGAAAUAGUAUUGGAAAAACAUGUUGAUCCAGAAUCUAAUAUUGUUAGUAGAAUUUUAAAUAAAGAAAUAAAAACACAGUUACCCACAGAUAUUUCUGAUAGCCUUUUAUGUAAGAGAAUCAAAAAAGCAAAGAAGCUUUAUAAACUUUUUGAUGCAAUAG